GUUUUUUUUCUCACCAAAACAUAUUAGCAAAUUAUAUCAAAUUUACACUUCUAGUAUGUUAUUAACAAAAUUGAAAUGAUGCUAAUCCGAAUUCAAUAUACAUCAAGAUUCAAGAAAUAUCAUUUUUCACCAAAUUAUAGAUACAAAUGUGGAUAUAUGUAUCACUCACACACUCAAAAAACAGCCCAUUUGACCAAUCUUUCACACUUACAAUACCGAUCAAUCCUUAAAACCUUCACUGCUCGGAGAGCCAUACAACCCGGCAAGCAGCUUCAUGCCCAUUUGGCCGUUACCGGGUUAGCCCAUGACACCAUUUUAGCUACAAAACUUGUGGACUUGUAUUGCUCAUGUAACUUUUUGACCCUCGCACACCAACUGUUUGAUAAAAUUCCUAAGCAAAAUGUUUUCCUUUGGAACGUUUUGAUUCGUGGGUAUGCUUGGAAUGGACCGUAUGAAGUCGCGCUUGAGUUGUUUUAUCGAAUGGUUGAUCAUGGGGUUGUGCCGGAUAAAUUUACGUUUCCUUUUGUGCUGAAAGCGUGUUCUAGUUUGAGUGCGGAGAGUGUGGGGCUAGACGUGCAUGAGCAUGUGUUGAGGACCGGGUGGGAGAAGGACGUGUUUAUAGGGGCCGCGUUGGUUGAUAUGUAUGCCAAGUGUGGAAAUACGAGUAGGGCGAGAAAUGUGUUUGAUAAAAUACCUGACAGGGAUGUUGUGUUAUGGAAUUCUAUGCUUGCGGGGUAUGGUCAAAAUGGAUUUCCCGAGGAGUGUUUGGUUUUGUGCGGUGAGAUGGCGUUGAAUGGUGUGCGACCUACUGUCUCGACACUUGUAACUGCAAUUUCGUCUGCUGCUGACAUGUCGGCUCUUCCCCGAGGGAGAGAGCUUCAUGGAUAUAGUUGGAGACUAGGGUUUAAUAUUCAAGAUAAAGUGAAAACCGCACUUGUUGAUAUGUAUGCUAAAAGUGGUCUGCUUAAAGUAGCUAGAACUGUUUUCAAUAGCUUAAUGGAAAAACCGGUUGUUUCUUGGAACGCUAUGAUAACCGGGUAUGCAAUGCACGGACAUGCUAUGGAAGCACUAGAUUUAUUUGAGAAAAUGACCCGUGAUACACGCCCUGAUCAUAUAACGUUUGUGGGCGUUCUCUCUGCUUGUAAUCAUGGAGGUUUGUUAAACAAAGGUCGUGAGUUUUUCGAUUUAAUGAUACACGAAUAUAAAAUAUGUCCCACUGUUCAACAUUAUUCGUCUAUGAUUGAUCUAGUUGGUCAUUAUGGCCGUUUAGAUGAGGCUUACGGUAUGAUCAAUAAGAUGCCUGUUACACCAGAUUCUGGCGUUUGGGGUGCACUGCUAAAUUCGUGCAAAAUUCAUGGUAAUGUCGAGUUAGCUGAACUAGCAUUAGAGAAGCUAAUCGAGCUUGAUCCAGAAGAACCAGGAAAAUACGUGAUCAUGUCAAAUAUAUACGCACAAGCAGGGAACUACAAAGGAGUUGAAAAAAUUCGCAAAUGGAUGACCCAUAAGGAUAUAAAAAAAGACGACGCGUAUAGUUGGAUAGAAGUGAAUAAUAAAAUUCACUCAUUUCUUACUAAUGACACGUCUCAUCCAAUGUGCGAUGAGAUAAACGCAGAGUUAGAAAGGGUCGAGAAAUUGAUGUUAGAAGCCGGAUAUGUACCAAACACGACACCGGUGUUUCAUGAUGUAGAUGAUGAUGAAAAGAGAACAAGUUUGUGUAGACAUAGUGAAAGAUUGGCAAUUGCAUUUGGGUUGAUUAGUACACCUCCUAAGACCAAGCUUUUGAUUAAGAAAAACCUUAAUGUUUGUGAGGAUUGCCAUGUUGCAAUCAAGUUUAUGUCCAAGAUUACUGAAAGAGAGAUUGUGUUUAGAGAUGUUAAUCGAUUUCAUACUUUUAAAGAUGGUGUGUGUUCUUGUGGGGAUUAUUGGUGAGUGUAAUGGAGUUUGUUUUUGCUAGUAUUCUGAUUAUUUUGAAAUUAACCAGAAUAGUACUAAUUUUUAUUGUUUGUAUAAAGAUAUCAUAGAUAAUUUUUG